AUGCCUAGCGUCGUCGAGCAAGAGCCAAUUACUUACGACAUCAAUAUCCCAUACAAAGAUAUAGAUGAUGACACGCUAUCAAGAAUCAAGUAUCCUGCAUACAUGCCAAACUGGGACAAGGUUUGGUUCGAGCCUCUUCCCCCAUUCGAAUUUCAAGAUCCUGCUCUCCGAGUCAAAGACAUCUCGCUGCCGGAGCUUCAUAAGGCGGGCCUAAAGCUGUCGCACAUCACACCGAAACUCGGCAGUGUCGUGUCCGGUAUCCAGCUGAACGAGCUGUCUGACGGGGCAAAGGAUGAACUGGCCUACCUUGUCUCUCAAAGGAAGGUCCUUGCCUUUGAGGACCAAGAUUUGAUAGACGACGGCCCUACCAUCCAGCAGGAGUUCAUGAACUAUUUCGGCAAGCCGAACUACCAACCCGUUUCCGGUAGCAUCAAAGGGCACCCCGGUUUUCACGUCAUCCAGAGAGAUGGCAACAGGGAGGAGCUGACCAAGUUCCUCGAGCAGCGCCCGACCACAACGCUCUGGCACCAAGAUGUCUCCUACGAGAUCCAGCCACCGGGCUACGUCAUGCUUGGGUAUCUUCAGGGGCCGGAGGUCGGCGGCGACACCGUCUUUGCUGCCACUGACCAGGCGUACCAGCGCCUUUCCCCCGUGGUACAGGAAUUCGUAGACAAGCUGCAAGCCGUGCACACGUCGGCCAAGAUGAUCAACCACGCCCGCAUCAGCGGCGGACUCUACCGCAAGGACCCGGUCGAGACCAUCCACCCGGUGGUGCGCGUACACCCUGUCACGGGGGAGAAGUGCCUGUUUAUGAACGCCGAGUUCGUGACCAAGAUCGUUGGGCUCAAAGAGCCGGAGUUCAAGUUGAUCCAAGACUUCCUCAUGCAGCAUGUCAUUACAGGCCACGACUUCCAGGCGCGUGUGCGUUGGAGCCCGAGGUCUGUGGUCAUCUUUGACAAUAGGAGUUGUCUACAUACUGCCGUCGUCGACUACAUCAACGAGGACGACAGCGUCAAAUUGAGACACCUGUUUCGUCUUGCAGCCAUGGCGGAGAAACCCACCCCCGUGAAGUUGACUUGA